UUAAUCUCUUAAGCGAACUAAUUAUAAUACAUUACAAAGGUGUUUACAAUCUUUCGUUUAUAUAAUAAAAUUAUUGCUGACAAUGUGUUUACAAUAUUUGAUACUAUUACGUUUUAAUAAAAUGACCUUCUAGAAUUUUCUCUCCAUAACUAGCAGUGCAUUUUUGGAUUGAGGUGAUGACUUGAAUGAUAAAGAAAAAUACGAAUAUUGCCAAAACAUUUUUAUUGUUUUUGUUAAAAUACAGUAAAACACGCAUUAAGUCUAGUAGUUUCAAGAAACAAAAACAAUGCGAACAAAGUAAAAUAACAAAGGAAUGUAAGAAAAAAAUAUACAAUUGAAGAUACGAGUGGAUAAAGGUGUCAUGUAACAUUUUUUAAAUAAUGAGUAAAUGUGGUUUAACUUUUUUUAAUUGGAACUUUUUUAUCCACUUGACUCUUGAAACUUACUUUGACCAGUGUGCUGAGAAUGUUAAUAAAAAAUUUUUAGCUAAUAAUGUAUUCUAAAAAUGUUUUGCAUUCCAUGAAAAAAUUGAUUAAAAUGCACAUGACACCUUUAUCCAUGAAUAAAUUGAGAAAAAAUAAAACAUAAGAAAAUGCUAAUGGAGUACAAUAAUUAUUGUUGGAAUAUUUUUAUAUAUAUUGAAAAAGUUUACAAUGUUGUUGCAAUUAAUUGGUUUUUCUUUUCUUCUUAGGAUUUGCCUCGUUUUCUUCCAAAACAUUUUCAUAGAACCACCGGUAUUCUUCUUUCACAAAUUUGAUUUGGUCACGCAGAUUGCUUAGCUUUUCGGCACUUAGUCCACAUCUUUUUUCACGAAAUCUGUUUAGUGUAAUUUCAUCUUCUGUACUAACUGGUCUUCUUCCUUUUGUCACUAAGUCUACCUUCAGAAAAGGCGUAAAUUCAUCAAGGUUAUUUUUGUAUAAGUAGGAUCCACAUUCGUCAACCCGUAUCCACUUAAUGUGGUCUCUAAAGUUAAUUUUUUGGCCUAGUUCAUUUGUCUUUUUAUUCCAGAGAUGUAGUUUUCGAGAAAGUUCCUCAAAAUCAUAAAAGUAAUGUUCCAUGUCAACACCACUACAAUUUUUUGUACUAGCGGAUUUAAUAAUAUCACGAUAUUGUUCUGGUGUAUAUAUAUUUUCAACCUUUCGUAGUUUUUUCUCUAUUCUGCCAAAAUUUCUAUCGGAAUCCAGAUAACUAUGUCCGACUUCCGGAAAUUUGUGAUCAAUAACCUUAAACAUUCCUUUUAAAAUCAAUAGCUGAUAAAGACAAAUUAUGUUAAAAUUUUUAUUUUGCCCAGCGCAAGAAUCCGACCCUAUGACCAGAUGAUUAAUGUUUUCAUUGCAUUCUUUCAGUAGCUGACAGAAUCUGUAAACGCAACUGGCUAUUAGUCUAACGCGGGAUUUACAUUUACGAGUACUCGGAUCCGAGUUAUAUUUGCGAGUUGAGUUCAAUCGUUUACAUUACGUCCGAGUAAAUUCAAAUCUUUUUGUGUUUAAAAAUGGCUCCUUCAAGAAAAAAACGUGCCGCUAUAACUUUAGUAUUGUUUAUGGUGUUUAAAAAGAGGAAAGAAUAUGACAAAGUUAAACGAAAUAGAAGUAUUUGGGUUAAACAACAUUUACAAGAGCGCCACAGACUUGGAAUUGAAGAAAAUCUGCUAAAAGAUUUGUUAACCCAAGACGGGAAAGAUUUUAAGAAUUUCAUGCGGAUGGACUACGAAACAUUUUGUAUGUUACAUAUAAAGGUUUCCCCCUAUAUAAAAAAACAGAAUACAUAUUUACGAAGUGCUAUAAGUUCUGAAUUACGCCUUGCAAUAACAUUAAGAUUUCUUGCAACUGGAGAUAGCUAUAGGUCAUUAGAAUAUCUGACCAGAGUAUCAGCUUCCACAAUAAGUUUAUUUGUUCCUCAAGUAUGUGAAUAUGUAUAUGAAGUGUUGCAGCCCCAGUAUUAUAUGAAGUUUCCUUGCACAAAAGGCGAGUGGGAAAAAAUUGCCAAGGAAUUUGAAAACAAGUGGAAUUUUCCAUAUACCAUUGGUGCUAUAGACGGCAAACAUAUUGUAAUAGAAGCACCGCCCAAUGCAGGAUCCUACUAUUUCAAUUACAAGGGCACACAUAGUAUAGUGUUAUUCGCUUUAGCAGACGCAAACUAUAAUUUUUUGUAUAUUGAUGUUGGUUGCAAUGGACGUAUAUCAGAUGGAGGUAUCUUCAAAAAUUGUACAUUAAAUCAAGCAUUGCAAGAAGCCACUUUAAAUCUACCACCUGAUAAAUGCUUACCAAAUCGCAUUAAGCCAGUACCGUAUGUUAUGCUAGGGGAUGAGGCAUUUGCUCUUUCAAAGAAUCUUCUAAAACCAUUUCCAAGGAGCAGGCCUCUUAAUGCAAAACAGAAAGUUUUUAAUUACCGACUCUGUCGUGCACGUAGAGUAGUAGAAAAUGCCUUUGGUAUUUUGACAUCACGUUUUCGAAUAUUUAGAAAACCAAUUUGUCUAAAAGUAGAAACUAUUGAUAAAAUCGUUUUAAUCGCAUGUGUCUUACAUAACUUCUUAAAAAAACAAUGCCAAGAGGUUACCCUAAAUUACGAGCUUGAAGAUAUUCCAACAAGUAUGAGAGGAAUAGCUCAUCAAGGAAGUAACAAUGCGAGUGAAGUCGCGCAUUCAAUACGUAACGAAUUUGCAGAAUAUUUUUAUAAUGAAGGCCAAAUUGAUUUUCAGUGGACACAUAUUUAGAAAUUAUUUGAUUUUGAUUUUUCAACAUAUGAAAAUAAUUUAUUGUUACUUAUUAAUAAAUGACUAAACACUAAA